AUGUCAAACUUCGUAGCUCCAGAAGUCAAAAAAUUUGUGGCUUGGGACUAUGUUGUUUUUGCAGCACUAUUUUUAGUGUGUGCUAGCAUCGGAGUCUUUUUUGCAGUAAAAGAGAGAAAAAAGAAAACUUCAAAAGAAUUUUUGGUGGGCGGUAAGCAGAUGACAUGCGGACCAAUAGCUUUCUCUCUCACAUCAAGUUUCAUGUCAGCAGUGACGGUUCUGGGAACACCCUCCGAAGUUUAUCGCUAUGGGGCAUCCUUUGUGCUGUUCUUUCUUUCAUACGCGCUUGUCAUAAUUUUUACUGCCGAACUUUUUCUGCCUGUAUUUUACAGAUCUGGCAUAACAAGCACUUAUGAGUAUUUGGAGUUAAGAUUUAACAAGAUUGUCCGUCUUGCUGCAACAUUGAUCUACAUCCUGCAGACGAUCCUUUACACAGGAAUAGUGGUUUAUGCUCCAUCACUGGCACUCAACCAAGUCACUGGAUUUGAUCUCUGGGGCUCUGUAGUUGCAACAGGAAUUGUCUGCACUUUCUAUUGCACUCUGGGAGGAUUAAAAGCUGUUGUCUGGACAGAUGCAUUUCAAAUGAUUGUCAUGGUGGUUGGCUUCGUGACAGUUUUGGUUCGAGGAACUACUCUGAAUGGUGGAUCGACCAAGGUCUGGGAAGUGGCCUACGAAGGAUCACGACUAAACAUAUUUGACUUUGAUGUCGAUCCUUUGAGACGACAUACCUUUUGGACAAUUGUCAUUGGGGGAACAUUUACAUGGCUAGGGCUCUAUGGAGUUAAUCAGUCCACAAUACAGAGAUGCAUUUCUUGCAAAUCGGAAAAGCACGCUAAACUGGCACUUUACCUAAAUUUAUUGGGACUUUGGACAGUCCUGGUGUGUGCAGUAUUUUGUGGUUUGGUGAUGUACUCUCAUUACAAGAGUUGCGACCCUUGGACUGCUGAUUUCAUUUCAGCGCCUGAUCAGCUCAUGCCGUAUUUUGUUAUGGACAUUUUUUCUUCGAUGCCAGGAGUCCCGGGGCUCUUUGUUGCCUGUGCUUUCAGUGGAACACUAAGCACGGUAGCUGCCAGUAUUAACGCUUUAGCAACUGUUACCUUUGAAGACUUGGUCAAGAAAGGUUUCCCAAACCUCUCCGAGAAGAUGAGCACAUGGAUCAGCAAAGGCUUAUGUAUAUUAUAUGGUGUCCUGUGCACUUCAAUGGCUGCAGCAGCAUCACUGCUGGGAGGAGUUGUGCAGGCUUCACUCUCCAUCCAUGGGAUGUGUGGGGGGCCCAUGCUGGGAUUAUUUACCCUGGGAAUUGUGUUUCCUUGUGCUAACUGGAAGGGUGCUAUCGGAGGCCUCUUGGCUGGGAUCACCUUAGCGUUUUGGGCUGGUACUGGCUCUUUCAUUUACCCCGCACCACCGACAAAGUCCAUUCCUCUGCAACUGUCGACUCUCAACUGCACGCUGGCUAAUAGCACCGAGGCGCUGACGAUGGCGGCGGCUCCCACAGCGGCUCCAGACAGGCCUUUCCUGGCAGAUACCUGGUACUCCCUGUCCUACCUGUACUUCAGUGCCGUCGGCUGCCUAGGCUGUGCCAUCGCAGGGCUGUUGAUAAGCUUUAUAACAGGACCUAGUAAAGGCGAAGAUAUCCCACCAGUGUUAAUUAAGCCAGUCUGCAACCCGUUUUGCUUUUGGUCCGAGAGGCUCCAAGCUUGCUUCUGGUGCGGCGUGCGGCACGACGGCCAGGAGGUGGACUUUGAAAAAAAUUUGCCUAAAGUUAUUGCAAAUAAAACUGGAAGAGAUGGCACCUUCAAGAAUAAUAUCAACACAGAAAACAAACGCCAGUUCCCUGGUUACAAUCCUGAGGAAAAUUCCUUUACUAAUAUGAGCAGAGAAUCUCGCCUCUAG